AUGUCGACUCCCAUCAAUCAAAGCAAGGUUGCUGCUCGGCGGCUGCAUGCCACCGCUCAGCACUUGAAGCCAGCAUCGUCUGCAGCGGCCGAAUCGUACCCCAUGAACCACGAGCCAAUCCAAUCGCCGGCAGACACACAGAACUUUAUCGACAACCAGUUUGUCGCCUCCAAGGCUACACAAUGGAUUGAUCUGCACGACCCAGCGACCAACAACCUGGUGACACGGGUUCCACAAAGCACGGAUGAGGAGCUCAAGGCGGCCGUGGACAGCGCCGAGAAGGCCUUCAAACCAUGGAAGGAGACGAGCUUGCUUCACAGACAGCAGAUCUUGUUCAAGUACACACACUUGAUCCGCGAGAACUGGGACAGGCUGGCAGCCAGUAUCACACUCGAACAGGGCAAGACAUUCGCUGACGCCCGAGGUGAUGUGCUUCGCGGCCUGCAAGUCGCGGAGACGGCGUGCGGUAUCACAACCCAGAUGACGGGCGAAGUGCUCGAGGUUGCCAAGGACAUGGAGACACGCAGCUACAGGGAGCCACUGGGUGUUGUGGCUGCCAUUUGCCCUUUUAACUUUCCCGCCAUGAUCCCGCUCUGGACUAUUCCCAUCGCCGCUGUGACAGGUAACACUGUUGUUAUCAAGCCCUCGGAACGCGAUCCCGGUGCGUGUAUGAUUCUGGCUGAGCUUGCCGAGAAGGCCGGCUUCCCUCCUGGUGUCAUCAACAUUAUUCACGGUUCGGCAAAGACUGUCGACUUCAUCAUUGACGAGCCACGCAUCAAGGCUAUCAGCUUUGUUGGAAGCAACAAGGCCGGAGAAUACAUUUACGCACGCGCAUCUGCCCAGGGCAAACGUGUACAGGCCAACUUGGGGGCUAAGAACCACGCUGCUGUGCUUCCCGACUGCAACAAGAACCAUGCACUCAAUGCUAUUGCCGGUGCUGCUUUCGGAGCUGCCGGGCAGCGAUGCAUGGCUUUGAGCACCUUGGUCAUGAUUGGUGAGACAAAGGACUGGGUUCCUGAAAUUGCCGAGCGCGCAAAGGACCUUUCCAUGAACGGUGGUUUCGAAGACGGCGCCGAUCUUGGACCGGUCAUCAGCCCAGAGUCUAAGAAGAGAAUCGAAGACUUGAUUGCUAGUGCUGAGGAGGAGGGUGCGACUAUUCUCCUUGACGGACGUGGCCAAAAGCCUCCGUCUGAGAAGUAUGCCAAUGGCAAUUGGGUCGGCCCUACCAUUAUCGCCAACGUCAAGCCCCACAUGAAGUGCUACAAGGAGGAAAUCUUUGGGCCAGUGCUGGUGUGCCUGAAUGUCGAGACGAUUGACGAGGCCAUUGACAUGAUUAACGCAAACGAAUACGGAAACGGUACCGCCAUCUUCACCCGCUCGGGGGCAACUGCCGGCCGUUUCCAGCGCGAGAUUGAGGCAGGUCAAGUUGGUAUCAAUGUGCCGAUUCCAGUCCCUCUCCCCAUGUUCUCCUUCACCGGCAAUAAGAAGUCGGUUGCAGGUGGUGGCGCAAACACAUUCUACGGCAAGCCAGGUCUAUUGUUCUACACACAGCAGAAGACUGUGACAAGUCUGUGGAGGAGCGAAGACGCAGUCGCAACAAAGGCAUCAGUCAACAUGCCGACUCAGAGUUAA